AUGAUGAUGAGGAUUUUCCAGAUAUUUUUAACACUUUCAUUCAGUUUGGUGACCUGUUUGGGGCAAGAAGAAAUUGAAUAUAAAGAGGUUGAGGUGGAAUGGGAAGAGGAGUACAACGGAGAAAAACUUCCAGAGAGUUUCCAGAUCCGUCUUCCGAUAGACGAGAACAAGACCGUCCUGCUGGAUCUGGAGAAGAAGAAGGAUCGGAUGGACGACGUGAUGGUCAUUGUGGCUUCAGAUGGCGAGGACACUGUCUGGAAGCCUAAGGAGGAAGAGAGUUUCAGUCUGUAUAGCGACAAUGAUUAUCACGCUUCCUUCUCUGUCGCUAGGAACAAAUCUAUUCACGGGAGGUUGACCAUUUUUGGAAGUUACAGAAUAGGCAACAGAGAGUACAGUAUCAGGCCUGACGAUUCAGAUUUUGAUAGGAAGGCCCUAGAUUUGAACUCCCUGCAAGAGUUCUUCAUCUCAAUAAGGGGUCACAGGCACUUACUCACGGAAGAUAAACCAGUUGACAGAAGCAAACAUACUGGCAAAGAUUAUAUUUAUGCCGAUGAAUUGUGA